AUGCCUAAAAAUAAGGCUACGUCUUGGAUAUGUCCCACACACCAUGUCCCAGAAAACCUAAACCCCAGGCCCAAAGCUUUUCAAAAUUUUUCUUCAAAUGACACUACAAGUAAUUACACCACCGGAGAGCGAAGCUUCAUGGAAGGAGUUCAACAUGAAAAACAAACUUCGGGUGAAAAUCUAUCAGUAAAUGUUAUACCUGCACUGAAUAUGUGGAAAAUGACUUCGGGUGAAAAUCUUUCAGUAAAUGUGAUAGCUACACCGGUCAAUCCUGAUCAGAAGGAGAAGAGAGAUGGUAGUUCUUCUUCCGAGUAUCAGAUAAAAGGCCAGUGGACAGGCGAAGAAGACAAAAGAUUGAUUAGCUUAGUACAUCAAUUUGGAUUGAGGAAAUGGGUUGUAAUAGCUGAAGAAAUGACCGAAGAUGAAGAAAGACGGUUAAUUCAAGCACAUGAAAGACUUGGAAAUCGAUGGGUGGAGAUAGCUAAGUACAUUCCUGGAAGAACUAAAAAUUCAAUAAAGAAUCACUGGAAUGCCACAAAAAGGAGGCAAAUUUCAAGGAGAAAGAUAAAGAAAGUAAAAGGAGAUAGAAGACAGCCAACACUAUUACAAGAUUACAUCAUAAAAAAGUAUUUCAGUAAUGGUUCUACCUCCACUAACUCUAAUUUCGGCACCACCACCACUGCAGCCAAUCCGUCCAAUGCUGGCACACCACUCUUUGAUGAUUAUGACUCUACACCCUUUUUCAAUUUCGAAACAUCCAAUGAUGAAAUGGAUUUCAUGAAAACCCUAUUUGAAAACAAUCAGUCCAUCGAUUCAAUUCCAGUCGAUCAUCGUCGACCAAUGAAUCCAACUGAAGGGACAUCUAAGAAUACUUAUACCUUCAACAUUGAUUAA